UAAAAUAACAUAUUUUAAUGUCCAUUACGUUUACAGAGGAAAAACAGAUCCAAAAGAAAUCUGAUGGCUCUCAGUCUCCAGAGCGAGCUGAGUCCCCCUCGUCAAAGGACCAGGUGGAAAUGUAUUAUGAAGCCUUUCCUCCUUUGUCAGAGAAACCUGUUUGUCUCCAAGAGAUCAUGACGGUGUGGAACAAGGCCAAGGCCUGCACAUACUCAAGCUCAUCAUCUUCCGCAGCCCCACAGACCAGCACAGACACCUCUUCCCCAAAAGAUUGCAACAGCGAAGGAGAGACUGCAAAGGAGCGACACCUGGAAGCAUGUGGCACCAUCACUGCUGUGACCAACGAAAGAGGCCAGCGAAGAAACAAGAAGGAAAAAGAAAAUCGAUGCCAUGGUGGUGGUGGUGGUGGUGCAGCAGAGGAGAAACCGUCCGUCCACUCGAGGCGACAGACGAGACACAGAUCUGAGGGCAAAUACAGACCCAGAUCCUGGUCCUCUGGCUCUAGCGAGGCGGGCUCAAGCUCAAGUGGCAACCAGGGUGACUUGAAGUCAUCCAGAAGCAAGGCAAUUAGAAUCAUGCACAAAUCCAGAGAGGCUUCGAAGAGUAAGAAAACACGCAACAGCGGGCAGGGGAAGCUUCAGGUGAAGGUGAUCGACAGAGAGGAGCGGAGAAACGCAGCAGGGAUCAGCAGCAGCGCCACUGGAGGCGCUGCCAAACAAACACAGCUUUACAAAAAGGGGAAGAGACCUCUGAAGGAGAUUCGUAAAGAUCCAGGCUGGAAAGAGGCGAAAGAGUCCGGAGCUGAGGCUACAAACAAAAAGGAAUACAUGGAAGAGCCACUUUGGUACACUGAGCCCAUCACAGAGUAUUUUGUACCUUUCAACAGCAGACAAAGCAAGCUGGAAACAAAAUAUCGGAACAAGGUAGGCUCUCCUGACGACUUUGCUCUGGCAACCGACACACAGAGGCUGCCGGAGAGAAUCCAGGGCAUCUGCUUUGCCAACGAGAGCUACCAGAGAGCGUACCUAGCAGCAGGCUCGUUCGUGGAUGGCCACUUUGUGGAAGGGCUCGGCGAGGAAGAAGAUGAAACUGUUGAACUCGUUGGGACCUCCAGCUGCUCUCAGCCAGAGGAUAGUAGAGAUUUAGAUGACAAGCAUCUGUCUGAAUUCACUCACUUCUAUGAAGUUGACAUUUAUCAAUCCAUAUUGGAUACUAGUGCCUCAGACUCUAUACAAGAGAGUCGAAUCUUAAGCAUGAUUCGACAAAAAAGCAAAGAGCAAGGAGACGUAGAGGCAGAAUGUUGUUUAGUGUUAGAUGGCCUUGAGCGGCAAGGGAAAAGUGCAAUACGGGCCGACUCGCAGGAACCUGCGGGAUCUCUGGGAUUCCUAAUUGAGGACCUGGAAAGCAUGGCUCAAGGGUGGGGAUGUUAUUCGCCAUCUACUUCAGAGGACAUCGAGGGGCAAAGCUUUGUGGGAGACUCUCCCGGCCGACUCUCCCCCCUCCUCGAUAGUGUUUCAUUCACCCUAAGCAAGCUGUCUGGAAAUGUGGAGGAGCCCGUCAUCUCUGAAGCCACCAGUGAGCCAUCCGGUUUAAACUCGUCCUGCUUCUCUCUUUUCGAGCUGCAGUACGACAGCCCCACUUUCCCUUUUACCCGCGACCCGCUCGCCGUCGGUCACGAAAACAACACCGAUUCUAGCAGCUGUCUCGACCCGCUUUCUAACAAACAGUCUCGUUUGCUAAUAUGGACCAAAAAUAGUGCCUUUGACGAAACUGAACACUGUUCUAACCUUUCGACGCGAACCUGCAGUCCGUGGUCCCAUUCAGAGGAGACUCGGUCCGACAAUGAGCAAGGAAGCGUUCCGACGGAGGAGGCCGCUCAAAUUGCCAACGAGGAGAUCGAUUGCAUAAUCCCUCCUAUUUCUGGUACAUAUCUGGAGGAUGAGAUCUUGGAUUUUUUGCAAGCAAACUCUGGCCGUAAGUGUGAUGAGGUCAGCAGCAGCAGCGCAGGACCCAGCAAGACCCUCUCCAAAAAAUCCAAACUGGAGUCCAUUUGUGGUAUCGCAUUGGAAGAGGAUGACAGUAAGCAGUACUGCACUGGCAUGUUUUCGGACAAUGCAAGCCAACACAGUGAUGACUACAGCUCAGGGAUCAUAAAGGACAUCUGGACGGCUCUCGGAGAUGACAAGUCUGCGGCUUCGAAGCCGGGACCCGAAAAAACGAGCGGCGAGGGGCUGUUCUCUGAUGAGUCGGGCGGUUACUGCUGCAGUUGUCUGGAAGUGCCGACGAAAGAAGUUCCCAUUCGGGGGCCUCAGAAAAAAGCAGUGCAGAGGUCAGAGUAUCACCUCUGGGAGGGCAAGAAAGAACAAGACUCGGCCAAAAACAAACUCUCCAAGGUAGACGGCGCUGGGGAUUACAUGACUCCGUCCAAGCCCUGGGACUUGACCUCCGACAAGGAGAGCACGUCGUUCAUCCUCGGAGGGGUGUACGGAGAGCUGAAGACGCUGAGCGGCGAUAAGAACUGGGCUGUCGUGCUGCCAAAUGACAACCAAGGCAGCCUGCUGCAGUGCGCCGCUGCAGCUGCAUCUGUUUCCAGCUCCGAUAUGCUCACCAUCACCGGCACGGACGUGUUCAUGAACACCGGCAGCUGCUUCGCCCCCGGGCACAGGCCCCUGUGGAGGCCCCUCGUGUCUUUCGGGCAGAGUGACCAGGCCAUCAGAGCAGGCGGAGACGGAUUGAACAAGGGAUUUUCUUUCAUCUUCCAUGAAGAUUUGCUUGGAUCUUGCGGAGGCUUGCAAAGUGAGGAGCACGGUUUGGAGUACCCGUUCGCGUCCUUCAGCCUGAACAAUCCCUUCUCUCAAGUCCUCCACGUCGAGUGUUCUUUUGAGCCUGAGGACAUGGCUUCGUUCAGUCCGGGGUUCAAGCCCAAAUCCAUUCUUUGCUCGGACUCCGAGAACGAAGCCUUCCACCCGCGAAUAUAUGGCAUCAACCGGACGCAGUACAGGGCCAUCCGCAUUUCCCCCAGGACUCACUUCCGACCGAUAUCGGCCUCGGAGUUAUCUCCUGGUGGAGUGAGUGAUUCAGAAGCGGAGACCGACAAAGAGCAGGCGAGUUUUCCCGUCCAGGCGCCGAUGGACGCCUUCGAUGAUCCCCAGGCCGAUCUCAAACCUCUGGAAGAGGAUGCGGAAUGUGAGGGCCCUUAUUACGGGAAGUCAGAACUGGAAUCUGGUAAAUUCUUACCCAGAUUAAAGAAGUCUGGCAUGGAGAAAAGUGCCCAGACCUCUCUGGAUUCACAGGAGGGCUCCGUUACCCUCCCGCCAAUUGCAGAGCAGGAGAUUUGCUUGGACUGCGAGGCGGCAGCGGCCGCACCCACUGCAGGUGGAGAGACGGCCGUCUCCGUCGGCAAGGUCCAGAAAGAGCAAUCUGCAGGAGAAAAGGAGUCGUGUUCAUCGGCACCAAGAGGUCACAUCCCCAAGUAUGGGAUUGCUUAUGGCUUUGUUGGAGAUGUGCCAGAGUUCCCCCUCAGCCAGCAGGACGAGUGCUGGUGGCAGAACACGCUCUGUUCCCCCCUGUUCCCUGGAUCUCAGUGCACAGGUGUUUCAUCUGCAGGUGAACCUGCUGUUAGCCAGACCCCUGAUGUCUCUGUGGUGGAGGGCGAGACGGCAAAGAUCAGCUGCUGCUGGACACUAGAGUAUCAAAGCGUGAGAGUUACAUGGCUGAAAAAUCACACAGAAAUAAAGAGUAAUAAGAUGAUCUUCAAGAAUUCCUCUCAUGGAUCACUGUCAGAUAAGACCUCUAACUGCUCACACUUGACAUUGAUGAAUGUCACAAGAGACGAUUCAGGGAGAUACAUCUGCGAGGUGACAGUGGAAAUACCCAAUGUCAUGAAGGCUCAAGGAAAUGGUACCGUCCUCACAGUUACGGCCAAGGACAACACAACAGAAUGUGGCCAUCCAGGUUUGUACAAAAAUGUCAUCGUUUCUCUGGCUGUGGUGGCUCUGUUGCUCCUCAUCGCUCUCGCGUGUGUCUGGUAUCUGCGACGAAGACGAGUGCAUGCCACCAGGGUGAUCUACGAGGUUCCCCACAUUGACUCUAAGCAGGUAGAUAUGGACAAACACAGCACCAGCUCAUCCAGAGGGUCUUCUCAGUGGUGUCAGGUAGUAGUGUAUGAAUCCUUCGAUUACUUUGAACGUGUCGAGACCAAAGAAAGUGGAUGAGGAUGUGCUGACCAGGGAAAUUUUCGCAUCUUUGACUAGUUUUGAUUCUGCUUUUCAGCAUGUAUAUAAUGUACAUAAGUUUACUCACAUUUACUUGAAUUAUGGACUUUUGUAUAUUAGGAUUUUAUAUGAAUGUAAAUAUUUGAUAUUUUUCUAUAAACUCAGUUCUUUCCAUUUUUGUGGUCUAAGUCAAUUUCAUCAUGACAGUUUUGGACAGGCUUACUUGCAUGAUUGCUUUUGUUUUUCCUUCAUGGCACUACAAGCUGUAGUCGGUGGUCUGCAAUAGGAAGUGUGAUUCUGUAGACGUAGGUUUCACAAUGACUUCCAAUCUUGAGAAGGACGCAGGGUGGAAACUGUGUUGCCACAGACUUGCACAUAAAAAGGUCAAUGACAGGAAGUGGAAACAUCUCCUGCGUGGUCGUUUCUCCCUGGCCUCAACACUCAAUACAGAGCUUCUACAAUAUUAAAUCCUGAGUAGCUAACUUAUUGUAAAUACAUUAGGUCAAGACCAUGUUUUACUGAUCAUUCACCUCUAAAAUGUGCGUGCUCUGCAUUUCAGGUUACGUGUUGAUUUUUGAGAAGUUGGAAAGAAGCCCGUUGACAUAAUUGAAACCACAAUUGCAUAAUUACAAUAUGUUGCUCACACGAACCACACAAAAAAAGUCUAAGACAACAUUGCCAAACCGUAAAGACUAUACUGGAGAGCUUUUGGGAAUGUUGCUGGUUCUUCUACCAUUAAAGGUUUAUCAAGAUUA